AUGAAUCAUUGCCUCCAAGUUCCCGAGGGACUUCUCCAUGGCUGCAUCCUCUGCAACAACAGGGACCAUGACACCGACGCAUGUGCCGUAUUCACGGCCAUGCCUUUCAAGGACCAGGUCCAGCUUCUUGUCUUCCAGCGUGGAUCUAUGCCAGCGCUGAAGACUGAGAAGCCAUGGGCUGAAUGGCUUGGAGAGUGGUCUUCCCGACCUGAGUCUCGCGAGGAGGAUGGGUCCUUCAGCAUGCCCGCCCGUCUCCACUGGGGCAAGGCCUUCACCAUCGACCUUGCCUGUGGAUCCCACGGUCGCGAGUGCCAGGCCCUGCAGGAGGACUACGACCAGCACAAGGACACCAGUCGUCUGCCAAUCAACCCUGUCAGCGUCUUCCUUGGCUUCUGA